ACCAAAUUGUCCACCUUCCCCAGACACUGCACUACUGCAGCCCCCCGACCCCGAUUGAUCGCACGUAUCGCCGGCGGCAUUGGCCAAGAACUAGCAGCCGCGCAGCGGAUGCAAAGCCUCUCCCGCUCCACCCUCCUCGGCCUCGUCCGCCGCCUUCGCUUGUCCUCCCCUCCAUCCCCCGCGCCCCAACCGCGCCGCCUCCUCUUGACCGCCUCCCCGCCGCCGCCGCCGCCGCCGACGACGACUGUCUGUUGUUCUCGUCCGGCGGCCGCGCCAGGGCGAGAUGCUCGGACGAUGGCGGUGGCCCUGGCGGCUUCUCCCGAUCGAUCCAUGGGCCGUGAAUCCCGAUUUCGUCAUGGAUGGAGGAGUCUGACCAGCAGCUCUGAGGAAAAAGGAGCGCUGAAAGAUGUACCGGCCGCUGCCAUGCUGAAGAAUAGAAAUGAUAACGAGAAGAAACGGAGUAGGAGGAGGAAGCCUGGAAUAACCAUCCUUAAGAAUAGCGGACACCGUGAUGGUUCUAUAUUUAAGGGCAACCGUGGCUGGAAAAUAGACUUCCGUAUUGCAAACCCUGAUGAGACCCAGUUCGAGGCCAUGAUGCUGUCAGAUCCUGGAGAUUGCAAGCCAGAUGAAAUAGCAUGUGUUAUGCACCAACCAUGUCCCAUGCUGCAAAUUUUUUCAUUGAAAUUGGCUAAAACUUCCAUUGAUCGUUUUCCAGUUGAGUUGUAUGGAUACAUAGCAGUGCGGGAUCUCAUGGAUCCACUGCGCAAUUAUGUUGUCCGUCGCAGCAGGGAUGAUACCAUUGCCGUGAAGCCGGGUUCUCUCAUCGGAAUGACUGGACCCAAGCGUGGCAUAAAAUUCUGUUCAUCUGCCCUAAUUGAGUAUGAUAUGAGAAUCAAGACAGGAGAACAAGAAGAGGAUGAUAUACAGCUGAUUGACGGUGUAUUAGGCAUCUUUGAUGAUCUAAGCAAGCCAUCGUGUAAACCGUUCAGAAGUCGCAUUGAUGGAGUUGGUGGGGCAGUUGACAUCACCGUUGGACUGCUUCCCAGUGCAGUGGAGGCCAUAUUUGAAGUUUCCAUAUCAGAAGUCCAAAGUUGUUUCGAUCUCACCGUGUGUUCUUAUGCUGGUGGGUUAAGCCAACAAUUUAAGAUCUUUCAGGGCACCAUUGGUGAGUCGUGUGGCUUGAGAAGGUCCGUGGUUGCUGUAAUGUUGGAUGGUAUGUUGCACCUGAGGUUCAUAGCUCGGAGAAAAGGCUCUAAACGGGAUCAUGAAAUUGCUUGUUCAAUCAGAGCAAAGAAACAUGGAAGCUCCACCCACCAGUUAAAUACUGAGCUCGCUUCCUUCUUGGUCAAGGUGAAUUGGUCGACAUUGCCUAUGUAAAUUCCUUAUCUUUUCUGUUAUUCCUUAAAUUUUUGUUAGAAGAGAUAACCUGCUUCAUCCCGUUAAUUCCUUAAAUUUUUGUUAGAAGAGAUAACCUGCUUCAUCCCGUUAAUGCAUCUCCAUCAAUGGUGGAUGUUUGAAAUGACCAUUUUAAUUCCCAUGAAGGAAUUAAACAGACCAGCAAAAUUUGCUCAGUAGUCACUAGAUUGUAGUUCUGAUUCAUGGUUAAGAGCCUAAGAAUAUGCUGGCCUGAGCCCAUCUUUUCGCUUAUACUUAUCAGCUAAAA